AAGGAAGUGUACAGUGGUCAGGGCCUGAAUAACAAGACAACAUGAAACACAGGAUCGUGAAUGUGACAGUCCGGGAUGUUCGAUUCCCGACGUCUCUGGAGCAGCAUGGCUCAGAUGCAAUGCACACUGACCCGGACUAUUCAACCGCCUAUGUUGUCAUCGACACGGACUGUGGCCUGCAGGGCUUCGGCUUCACGUUCACUUUGGGAAAAGGCACCGACAUUGUGGUGUGUGCUGUGCAGGCCCUGUCAGGACUGGUUGUUGGGAAAAGCCUGCAGGAGAUAGUGAGCGACUUCCGAGGGUUUUACCGCCUGCUGACCAGUGACGGGCAGAUGAGAUGGCUGGGACCAGAGAAAGGCGUGAUCCACCUUGCCACUGCUGCAGUUCUGAACGCCGUGUGGGACCUGUGGGCGAGGGUGGAGGGCAAGCCGCUGUGGAAACUCCUCGUUGACAUGGAUCCCGAGCAGAUCGUGUCGUGCAUCGACUUCAGAUACAUCACUGACGCUCUGACGGAGAAGGAGGCUCUGGAGAUACUGGUGAAGGCACAAGAGGGGAAGCAGCAGAGAGAGGAUCAGAUGCUGAGGGAGGGUUAUCCUGCGUACACCACCUCCUGCGCCUGGCUCGGAUACUCGGACCAGCAGCUCAAACAGCUCUGCACUGACGCACUUAAUAGCGGCUGGACCAAGUUUAAGGUGAAAGUCGGCGCCGAUCUCGAGGACGACAUCCGCAGGUGUCGACUCAUCCGGGAAAUGAUCGGACCAAACAACACGUUGAUGAUCGAUGCCAACCAGAGAUGGGACGUGGGCGAGGCCAUCAGCUGGGUGACCAGCCUCUCUGAGUUCAAACCUCUUUGGAUCGAAGAGCCCACUUCCCCGGACGACAUCCUGGGUCACGCUACCAUCUCCAAGGCUUUGGCCCCACUCGGGAUCGGAGUGGCAACAGGGGAGCAGUGUCAUAACAGGGUGAUGUUUAAGCAGUUCCUGCAGGCGUCUGCUCUGCAGUUUGUCCAGAUCGACAGCUGUCGGCUGGGCAGCGUCAACGAAAACCUGGCUGUGCUGCUGAUGGCCCACAAGUUCCAGGUGCCCGUGUGUCCUCACGCCGGAGGAGUCGGCCUGUGUGAACUCGUCCAGCAUCUGAUUCUCUUCGACUUCGUCUGUGUGUCUGCGAGUCUCGACAACCGGAUGUGUGAAUUCGUGGAUCACCUCCACGAACACUUCACCAGCCCUGUGGUGAUUCAGGACGCCCACUACAUGCCCCCAAAGGAUCCGGGCUACUCCUGUGAGAUGCUGGACUCGUCCGUGCGGAAACACCAGUUCCCUGAAGGAGACGUGUGGAAGCUGCUCGCGAACAAAUGAGGAGUUUUAUCUCCAACGUGUCACCAGAGGCUCUUUUAGACGAAUAAUUAAACUCGUCUGGGUUGCAUUAUAGAAAUUCCGACAGCUGUAAUUUUGUCAAUCUGCACAAUUUCAAUUUUACACUCGGUGAGCUGCUUAAUUGCUACAAGUUUCCUACAAGAUACACGAGGCUGACUCCAAAUGUAACGUCUUUAUUUACAGAAAUACAUUAAGCACCAUAUUUAAAAUAAGAAAAUUGAAACAGCUUAGAAGAAUUCAGGAAACUAGAAGUUCAGCGUCAGAAAAAACCCAAGUGUAGAUUAGUUUUUCACACAACUACUGUAAGAACUUAAUAAGGUUUAAAGAUGUAGUUCACACAAACAUACAAAAAUAUCUCUUUUAGCUCUUUAGUGAUGUUGAUAAACUCAUAAAAUGAUCUUGGUAAUAAAAAUAACUCAUGAAU